CCUCACCAUAGUACUCCUGUACAACAAGUUCAAUGACCAUAACACCAGCUUCGAUAUAACCGCGCCUCAGUCACGUCGGUACUCAAAAAAGUGAAGAUGCCUGAAGGCGCAAAGUCAAAGAAUAAGAAGAAAGCCAAGGGUACCACCGGCCCCAGGGGGAUUGAGAGCAAGGCCUCAAACCAAAACCAAGUCAAUGAUCAGGACCGAGCCCCGGAGGACACUGAGGCACCCGCGCAACCAAGCGAGAGCGACAACCAUAAGGUUGAUACCACCGAGGGUCCAGCGGCUAAAGAGAGCGCGAAGAGAGAUAAACCAACCGGAGAUUUACCGACUGAGACGACUGACGAUCGGACAUUUAUUGCGACCAGCCAUCCGACUAACCCUACAGGCCAUGGGAGCAAUCCCACCAGCUCCGAGGCUCUCCAGUCCAACGACCGGUUUGAUGCCCUCGUUCGGGAUCGGGAUACCUUGCGGGCGGAAGUGGCAGACAUGCGCAAGUCAUUGGAGGAAAUCCAGUCGAAACACCACGCGGAGAUGAAAGCUCUGCAGGGGAGGCUAGACGACGCCGAAAACAAGAAAGAACAUGCAGAGUCGCAGUUCCAGAAACUCCUGGAAAGAGUGAAUACAAUCAAGUCUCAACUUGGCGAGAGAUUGAGGGAAGAUGCUGAAGAGCUUGCACAGGCUAGAUCGAAAAUUGAUGAAUUGGAGGAGGAAAACACAAGCAUCAAGGAUCAAUACCAAGCGAAGUGUGGCGAGCUCGAGCAGUUGUCGGAAGACAGAAGGAACAUGUUACAGGAGCUUUCGACCUUGCGAGAUCGUACAAAUCUGUCCCAGCAAAAUUGGUUGAAAGAGAAGGAGGAGCUCCUAGAACAAGAGAACUAUCUUCAGUCAGAGUUCGAGCAAGCCAAGGAGGCCAUGCACAACUGGGAAGUCCUUGCUAUGGAGGAGCGGUCCAUUAGGGAAACCCUUGAAGUGAAGGUGGUAGAUCUCGAGGAACAGCUAGCAAGCGUCAAAGAUGCCUACGAGAAAGCAUCUACGGAACGUGACUCUCAAGUGGCUGCAGUUGACGGACUACAGCGAGCUUUGCAGGAAAUCCAAACCGCGCGCAAACAGGAACUUCGUGAGCUCGUGGAGAACUCCGACGCCCAGCUUGAGGAGCUGAAGCAGAGUCUUCAAGAGGCAACGAAGAAAGCCCUCGACGCCGAGAAAUCUCUUCAAGAUGCUCAGGGCGAGCUCGAACGAGUUCGGCCAUUCGAGAAGGAAGUCAAAGAAAAGAACCUCUUGAUAGGGAAGCUCAGGCACGAAGCGGUGACACUCAACGACCAUCUGACGAAAGCUCUGCGCUUCCUCAAGAAAGGGAAGCCGGAAGACAACGUCGACAGACAUAUCGUAACGAAUCACCUCCUGCAUUUUCUUGCUCUUGAUCGGUCAGAUCCCAAGAAGUUCCAGAUCUUGCAACUCAUUGCCGCGCUCCUCGGCUGGACAGAUGAGCAGCGUGAGCAGGCUGGUCUGGCGCGUCCAGGAACAUCGAGCAUUUCUGGAAAGUUGAGACUUCCAAGCACACCCAUGCACCUUGUGGUCUCAGGACCGUCAGGAACCGGGAAGUCGACUCUCCUGAAGAGGCUCUUUGCCGACUAUCCGAACACCUUCGGCUUCUCAAUUUCGCGUAUGUUCUUCGGUGCCACCUCCCGGCUCUUACCCAGCCGCUAUACCACGCGGAGCCCUCGUGCGGGUGAGCAAGACGGUCGCGAAUACUAUUUCACGACAAAGGAAGACUUUCUCGACUUGGUCAGCAAGAACGGCUUCAUUGAACAUGCGCAAUUUGGAGGCAAUUACUAUGGUACUAGUGUCCAAGCUGUGAAGAACAUCGCCGAGCAGGGUAGAAUUUGCAUUCUUGAUAUCGAGAUGGAAGGUGUGAAGCAGGUUAAGCGCACGGAUCUCAAUGCGCGCUUUUUGUUCCUGGCCCCUCCCUCGGUGGAGGAGUUGGAGAAGAGACUGCGUGGACGAAACACUGAGACAGAAGAAAGCCUGAAGAAACGUCUUGCGCAGGCUAAAAAUGAGCUCGAAUACGCCAAGGAGCCGGGUGCUCAUGAUAAAGUCGUCGUCAAUGAUGACCUUGAGAAAGCUUAUGCUGAGUUGAGGGACUUCAUUGUCGACGGCGAUAAAUUCGGCGCCCAGCAAUAGUGCGAGACCCUCAUUUACGCUGUAUCUUAUAGACGCACAUAACGACUUCAAUACUUGUCUGCUCAUUGUUAUUAAUUUAGCUCAGAACCACCGGAAUUUUUACAUUGCCUUCCGACCUUCUGCAUGAAGCGAUCCUACAACCAUUCGUCUCACUGGAGCCAAGAUAAAUAGAUACAUGAAAC